AUGAGUGGCCUCCUACGAGACAUAGCAGUUCUUGACGCACUAUUGCUUCACUUGCUGCCGAAAAUCCACGCGCGUUUUGCGGAGGUGGAUCUGCCUCUCAUUUGGAUCGCCACAGAGCCGCUGCUGACCUUGUUCUCGCGGGAGCUCAAGCCCGUCGAGAGCAUCUGCAGACUUUGGGAUUUCUUCCUUAUCGAAGGAGUCUGUGCUCCCUUUGCAGUUUUCCUCGCUUACGCAGAGCUGGCUUUUGAGCGCAACCUGCUCACCGGAGCAGCAGCAGAGGAUUCGCUGGGCGCUUUCAGGCUGCUUCUCGGCGAUUCCAGUGCUAUCGCCGGGAACAUCCUGCAGCGUGCAGCGUUUUUCCUUGCGCCCAGGCCAUUCGGCAGUGGCCUCAACGAGACGCUGCUGCAAAGCCUCCGCAAGGAGGCUGCUGGCGCGAGCCAGCUGGCCGCUGCCGGAUAG